UGAGAUGAGAUGAGAUGCAGACUGCCAUGAAACCCGAAAGAAGAAGAAGAAGGACUUCGCGUCGCUCGCAGGUGACGUCACCACGCGCGCCUCGGCUCUCUUCUGAGGUGAGAAGCGGUUGACGGUGUAUAUUCCUCGGUGUGUGUGUGCUUCUCAGUCUCUGACUGAUGAAUGAUUGAACGCUGGAGUGUUUUUAUCACCUGAAGAUCACACAGAGAUCAUGAAUGAAGCAGAAGCAGAGUCCUACUGGAUCACGCAGGAGGUCAUCGAAGAACAGAUAGACCUGAUGGAAGAGAUCAAUGAGAUGGAAGAAGUGAUUGAAGAAGGGAAGAAAUAUCAUGAUAUUGAAACUGAUGAAACAUCCUUGAGUCCCUCGUGGGAACCAAGACCCGAAAUAUGUUUCAUUUGCCCUCAGUGUGGAGAGAUUUUCACAUCCGAAGAAAGUCUUAAUCUUCACAUAAAAUUUGAAAGUGGAAUGAAGCCGUACGCAUGUGAUCUCUGCGAGAAAACUUUCAACAAAAAAGCAAAACUUGCCACACACAUGAAAAUCCACACCGGAGAGAAGCCACACACAUGUGAUCAGUGCGGGAAGAAGUUCAGAAAUAAGGGAAACCUGAAUGAACACAUGAAAAUCCACACCGGAGAGAUGCCGUACAUGUGUGAUCAGUGUGGGAGGAAGUUCAGACAUAAAGGAAACCUCAAUACACACAUGAGAAUCCAUACUGGAGCAAAGUCCUGCAUUAAAACCAAUGGAGAAAAACCGCACACAUGCAGUCAGUGUGGAAAGAGAUUCAGACAAAAACACCUCCUCAAUCAACACAUGAGAAUCCACACCGGAGAGAAACCGCACUCGUGUGAUCACUGCGGGCAGAGUUUCACACGAAAACAGCUACUUAAUGAUCAUAUAAAGAUCCACACAGGACAAAACCUGCACACCUGUGCACAGUGCGGGAAGAGUUACAGGAAGUUAAGUGUUUUCAAAGUACAUCUGCUCCAUCAUUCUAGAGACAGGAUCUAUAACUGUGACCAGUGCAGUAAAAGGUUUUUUAGGCCAGAUAACCUGAGGGACCACAUGAAAACCCAUUCAGAGGAGAGGCCUUACGUGUGUUAUUUGUGUGCAAAGAGCUUUAGACAUCUGAAUGGUUUAAAAAUACACCAGAAACGACACAGCGGUGUGAGGGAUCAUACUUGCUCUGAGUGCGGAAAGAGUUUCUUUACACUUUAUGUACUGAAACAGCACCAGACCGUUCACACCAGAGAAAAACCUUACCAGUGUUCACACUGUGACAAGAGAUUCAGUAUUUUAGGAAACCUGAAAAGACAUAAGAGUGUCCAUUCUAGAUAGUCAUAUCACUGCCAGUCCAGUGAGAAGAGUUUCACCCGAGUAUCUACUCAGUCAUACGAAGAAGACAUGUUCAGAUCUGGUGCUCUCAGUAGUAUUUGUAGCAGCCUUCUUGUGUGUGUGUGUGUGUGUGUGUGUGUGUGUGUGCAUGGCUUCAGGAGAGCAACCCUACAUUUGUGUUGUUUUAUGUUCUUUCUUAUAUACUCAAUGCAUUCAUUGUCAUUUUUGGUGUUUAUAUAUUUUGUAAUUAU